AUCGCCUCGCACACACGCCCGCCCGCACGCCCCCAGCGCAGCCCACCCCGAGCCAGAAGCCAGCUUAGCCAUAAGACACCACCAGCCUGCCCCUCGCGUCCCGCACCGAAACAUCGUCGCGUCGCGCGGAAGGGGAGGAGAGGCGGGUAGGGUUGGGAAGGGAAUACAGCCGCGGAAUCCCUCGCCUCGUCAUCCUCCACCGCUAAACCCCCUUCUCGCUCUCUCCUCCGCGGCCGCCGCGCCGACGCCGCCUGCUUCCCGGCCCGCGCCGCGAGGGGGAAACCCUAGCAGCGGCAGAUCUCGCGCGGGCGCGCUGGAUCCGGGCGCGCAGGCGCCCGAUUCGGCCGGGGGAAUGGCGGACGACGGGGCCGCGGACCCGGAGAAGGAGCUGCGGCAGCUGGAGGACCGGCUCAGGGAGGUCGGGGAACGCCUGCAGGCGCCGCCCGACGAAGCGGAGGACCUGCUCAAGCUCCUCAAAGAAGUUGAAGACUGUUUACUUAAAGUAGAGCAAUCACCUCCUGAAAGCACAUCAAACGCUAUUCGACCAGCAACUGAAGCGCUGGUCAGGAAAGAGCUGAUGGGCCAUACUGACCCAAAUGUCAGGCUUGCUGUGGCAUCAUGUAUCUCUGAGAUCACAAGAAUCACGGCACCCGAUGCUCCAUAUGAUGAUGAUGCAAUGAGGGAUGUAUUCUCUUUAAUUGUGGGUGCCUUCCAGCAUCUGGAUGACAUACAGAACCCCUUCUUUGGAAGGAGAGCUUCAAUUCUUGAUACUGUGGCAAAAGUCCGGUCCUGUGUGGUGAUGCUAGAUCUUGAAUGUGAUGAUUUGAUAAAUGAUAUGUUCCAUCACUUCUUGAGGACUGUUUCUUCUGGACAUUCAGAUACUGUCAUAUCCUGCAUGGAAACAAUAAUGAGAUUGGUAAUUGAGGAGAGUGAGGAUGUUCAACCACAGAUUGCAUCAUGCUUACUCCAAAAUGUUAGAAAAGAGGAAAAGGAAUCUUCUUCACCUUCUUUUGAACUUGCUGAGAGGGUGAUAGGCUCGUGCCGUGAAAAACUGAAGCCAGUCUUUCUGCAAUCACUAAAAGGCACUUCCUUGAGCGAAUACAGCCAAAUUGUUGCAUCAGUUUGUGAAGAGGGUUCAGAUGACAGGGAAGACAACAAUGCUGAUCCUUCUGGGAAGGACACGGUGGACGAUGGCAAACUCUCUGAAAGGACUAUUUCUGAUGAACUACCACAGGAAUCUUCAAAGGCAGAGCAAGAUGUUAGCCAUCCAGAACAAGAUGGUACAUCUAUGAAUGGCAAUACAGGUACUGCUAUUAGCAGUGAUGCAACUCCAGCUGAUACUGGUGAGUCUAAUCAAGUACUACCUUCCACAAAAGAGAAGCAUGCACAACCUUGCUAUGCUGAAAACAUAGUGGGUGCUGAUCAGUUGAAUUUUGGUCACCAUGAAGGUGCAGAUUCCAUUGCUGCAGAGCCCAAAAAGAAGUCAGCCCUUGAUUCAGACAAAAGUAUUAAGCCCAAUCCUUCUGAUAAGUCUGAAGCAACUGCACAUUCUGGUGGUGAUACUAAACAAGAAGAUCUUGUAGCAUCUGGAGAGGAGACCAAUGGAGCAGCUGAUGAUACAUCAAGGGCUGCUGAUAUUACACCCGUUAAAAGACGGGGCCGACCUCCUGGGCCAAAAUCAUUGGAGAAGAAGGCUGCUGGAAAGAAUAAACCUUCAAGUUUGGAUUUGAAGAAGGCCGAGGAGGCUAGUGAUUCAGCAGGGAAGUUAACAAAACGAUCAGCGAAGGAUGAGGUCAAGUCUUCUGUAAAAAAGGCUGGUGAAGCAGAAUCAUCUAAGAAGCCUCAAAAGAGUAGCACGAAACAGCAGAAGGAUGAAGCUCUUUCUGAGGAAGAUCCUUCUGAGGAUCUGAGCUUAAAGGAAAUGAUCUCGCCAAAGUCUUCGACCAAGGGGCCAGGUAGAACCAAAGGACAAAGCACAGAGAAUAGCACAUCUAAGAGGAAGCAAGAACAAGAGACUGAAGAGCUUCCUCGUUCAAGGAAAAACAAAGGCCUUGAUGGAAGCCUAGUUGGUGCAAGGAUCAAAGUUUGGUGGCCAGAUGAUAAGAUGUUCUACAAAGGUGUUGUGGCAUCAUUUGAUUCCGGUUCUAAAAGGCACAAGGUUGCAUAUGAUGAUGGGGAUGUAGAGGUACUACUUCUCAGGGAUGAAAAGUGGGAAUUUAUCAGUGAGGAGAAAGAAGCUUCUGUGGCAUCUGAAACGCCACGAGGCAGAAAAAGAAAAGUGGAUGCAGUGAAGGAAGAAAAUCCAGAAACACCUAAAAGUGAUGCUGUGGAUCCUCCAAAGAAAAGGGGACGUCCCAAAGGUGUGCGUUCAAGCAAUGGGACACCAAGUAACAUCUCUGCUACUCCAAGUGCGAAGGGGAAAUCUGCAAGCAAGGAUGUGAAAGAAACAGCUAAAACUGGCUCCAACGUUAAAAACGAAGUUGAGAAGAGCUCCAAGGACAAAGCCAGUGGAUCAACUGAGAAGACAAAAGAUGAAUUGCCUGAAGAAGGUGACGACAAGAGUGCAAGCAAACCUAAGGAGGCUAGCAUCAAAGGCAAGGAUUCCAAAGAUGAAGGAAAGUCCACUGAAGGAAAAGCCAGGCCAGGUCGGAAACCAAAAAAUGCCAGUACUCCUGCUCCUGCAGUGAGUGAUGCUGACAAAGAGAAGCGGAAGGAGAAAGAAGGCAAGACUGUUGGAAUAGAGCAGGAGGCAUCAGCAAAUGCUUCUACAGGAAAGAAGCGCAGAAGGAAGGCUUGAAGUUGGCGCCUAUGAACUUCUCUUGUAAACGGAUCCGUACCCUAGAUUUGCUCCAUUAUGGAUUUGUAACUCUUGGUUCGGCUGCCUUUUGAACUUUCAUCUGAUUGGCUCUAGUGGUUAGGAGUGUUAGCAACAUUUGCUAUAGUUGUAAUGUUAGGAGUAACUUGUUUGUUAUGGUCAGAUGCAUGGUGCCGAGCCUUAAGCGAAAUGAAUCCCAUUUCCCAUGCUCGCCAUGAGGCCCAGAGCAUCGUGUUGUCAGGAUGGUGUUGUAGCUUACUGAUGGGCUGUUUAUUUAUAGGCAAUUUUAGUGGUGGUUUUCUUAGCAGA